AUGUUAACAUUUAACUUAUGGUCUCAACACCUUUUAUCCUUUGGUGGUCGAGAAGUAAUCAUUAAGGCGGUUGGACAAUCCACUCCGGCAUACCUUAUGGGGUGUUAUUUGCUCCCUCAAAAUUUCGAUGAUAUUGUUUGUGCUAUUCGUGACUAUUGCUGGUCGGGGGUGCUUCAGAACGGGGUGCUUUGGCGCUUUAUUCAUCAUCCAGAGAGCAUGGUUUCCCGAGUCUUUGCUGCUAAGUAUUUUCCUCAUGGUAACCCUUUAUUGGCGGAGGUAGGAAAUCGACACCCGCAUGCAUGGCGAAGUCUUCAUCAUGUUGCAAUUACGUUACGCUCGGGCUUCCAUAUUCGUGUGGAUAUUAAUAGUUUAACAUCUAUGCUCUCCUCACGCUGGCGUGGAACUACUCCUAUUUCCCUGGAAACCGUCUACCUAGAUAAUAGUUCUAACCCCAUCCGUUGUGGGGAUUUCAUGAGCUUGGGAUGA